AUGGAUAGCACGGACUACACAUUCGCUCUUUUCUUGGUCAAGUGGGCCAAGAGGAAGAAACUCCGCCCCAAGCUUGCAAUGGCACUCUAUGAGUAUGCCCUUGACAUACCGAUUGAGCGACCACUCAUUCCAGACGUGAGGUUCGAUUUGAACAUGCGCGAUGCCGAUGCCCUACUGUCUUUCCGGUUUGAGGUUGGUGGUGUGCUGGAACUGACCUGUUUGCUGGGGAUUCCCAAUAUCAUCGUAACGAGCUGCCGCGAGCGAAUUGUUGGUGUGGAAGCCAUGUGUAUCUUGCUCCGUCGUCUACGCUACCCUGUGACAUACUACGACAUGGUGGCGACAUUUGGGAGGUCCAGAGAGCAGUUGUGUCGAGCCUUCAUUUAUAUGGUCAGUUUUGUCUAUGGUCAAUGGAGUCAGACGAUUUAUUGCAAACCCGAAUUGUUCGCGCCCGUAUUGCUCAGUAUGCUGCUGCAGUCCAUGCAAAAGGGGCCCCGUUGA